CCACUUCUUACAACAUUUGUACAUUGUGCUACCAACUAGAGAAGAAGUUAUAUCUAGAAGAAAUGUAACCAUAUAAGUGUAUUCUCUUUUAGGGUAAGUACAUCCCAUUAAACAUAAAAAUUAUAUGUAUAUUCAAUCCGUAUCAUACAUGCAUACCACACAAUCAAUGAUUCUUUUAUUCAAUUUACUUCUUUUUACAUAAAGAUAAAUGGCAUAAGUGUAAAUAAAGGGAAAUACGACCCACGAAUAAGGGUCACAGUCGUUGAGCUUAUAAAAAGCAUCUCAUAGGACUCAACCUCACCAAAGUCAUAUCCUAUUGCAUCACUCUCCUUUAAACACAGUCAGAGAAAAACAGCAACUCUUGUCUGAAAAACUAGAGAGAGCGACAGAGAGAGAAAAUGGAUCAUGGUAGGUUAAUGGAUGAUCAAAUGAUGCUAGGCUCUCAAGUGUACCCCUACACGACCCAGACCCAAAAUUCACACUGCAUCAUCGUUAACCAGAUCGAUGGAUCAUCAUCAGGCGAAGGAUCAAAACCGGUGAAGCGGAGGAGGAAGAGGAGGAGCAAAGGUUCAUCAGCCACCAACGAAGAAGACGUGGCAGAGAUCGGAGGGAUGUUGAGGAAGAGGAAGUUGACCGAUGAGCAAGUGCACAUGCUCGAAUAUAGCUUCGGGAACGAGCACAAGCUAGAGUCAGGAAGGAAGGAGAAGAUCGCCGGAGAGUUAGGUCUUGACCCGAGACAGGUGGCUGUUUGGUUCCAGAACCGCCGUGCACGGUGGAAGAACAAGAAACUCGAGGAAGAGUACGCCAAACUCAAGAACCACCACGACACCGUCGUCCUCGGCCAAUGUCAACUCGAGUCUCAGAUAUUGAAACUAAAAGAACAAUUGAGUGAAGCUCAAAGUGAAAUUCGAAAACUCUCGGAACGACUUGAAGAAAUGCCAACCAACAGUUCAAGUUCAUCGCUUUCUGUUGAAGCCAACGAUGCACCGACUGAUUUCGAGCUUGCCCCGGAAACUAAUUAUACCAUCCCAUUCUAUAUGUUAGAUAAUAAUUAUUUACAAAGCAUGGAGUAUUGGGAUGGUUUGUAUGUAUGAUUUUAUCAACUAAAAUGUCUCGUGUUUUAUGGAUGUUAUUAUAUAAGUAAUGUAGAAAUAGGUGUUUGGUGAAACGGUUGUAAAUGUGUCGCGCGUUUUCAGUAUUUAUUUUAAUAUAUUACUUUGUUUAUCACUA